AUGAAUGCCAUGUUCCGGAUGAUUCAGGAGGACAAGAUGGUUGUUGAUCCCAUGAUGAUUGGAAGAGUUUCGCGGGCUUGUGGCGAGUUAAAAUCUAAAAGCUUUGUUAGAGAGAUUCAUGGUUAUGUUUUGAAAAGAGAUUUAGCUGAUAUGAUGGUACAAAAUGCCAUUGUCAAUGUAUACGGAGAGGCACUUGAACUUUUCUACACUCUAAACCAAUUUAAUAUUCAACCUGAUUCUAUAGCUUUCAUUAGUGCACUCUCUGCCACUGCUAGUUUAUCUUCAUUGAAGAAAGGGAAGGAGAUUAGGAAAGGUUUCUUCUUGAAAGGACCAAUUGCUAGCUCCCUAGUGUACACGUAUGCUCACUGUGGAAAACUCAAGAUAUGUAUUAUGUAA